GUUUCCGAUCUCGGAUAUUUUCCUACCGCCCUUCAGAAUGGUGUGCCGCUUCAAUCCCUUUUACAUUGGACCAGCUCCACCCAGCUGCUGCACGGACUUGAAGUCCGAUUGCGAUUGCCCACCGUGCUCACCGGAUACAGGGUAUCAGGAGCCUCGACCCGUUCACGAGGAGUGCAACCCGGGUGUGUCGAAAAAGGAGACCAAGGAGAGCAAGUGCAAUCCUCCUUGCAAAGAAGCCCCCAAAAAGGAAAAGAAGGAGAAGAAGUCCGAGAAUAAAGAUGCCAAGAAAACUAAAUAAAAUUGAUUUUUGCUAGAAAUUGUUCUUAUU